AUGGAUGUGGCAGGAUUUCUUCAAGAGAGCUUGGCCUUCGUUUUCCUCUGGACAUCGGAUCUCCUCCGCACGGUCUGCGCAAUGUGGUUGGUGGGGUCGAUGCUCCACGAGGGACUGGUUGAACAGUUCUUCCUGCUGCUGACGCUGUGGCUGCCAGGCUUCGUUUGGGCACUCCGCUUUCAACUCUACUUUUCCAAGCAGCAGUGGUCGAGCUUCUGCUGGCCGACGCUGCGCUGCGCGCUCUUGUGGCUUUCGGGGCUCUGGUGGAUUUGGACGCCCAAUGCCUUGAUCCUCGCGAGCCUUGUUUCACCCAUCUACUUCUCCUACAAGCUGCUCCUGCUGCUGACGCACUUCUUGCGGCCAUUUGCUGAGCCUCCUUCUUUUCCAGUGAAUCCCGACCUCUUUAGCCUCUACGAGCUCUAUAUGCGGGACACCUGCAUCUUUGGAGACGCUUUGAGAGUCUUCCUGCUUCUUUUCUGGCUGCUCGGUCACGUGACCGGCCAGAAGGUGCUGCCAUACCUGUCGCUGCUGAGUUCCUUGGGCUCCCUGCUCAUCGCAAGCCUUCCGUACCGUCGCAGGAUGAGGGCAGAGGCGUGGAGCUAUUUCCAGGACUUCCUCAUGGCCAAUGAGGAGGAGGAGGAGUUGGUAAAUGCAGCCUGA